AUGGGCGGCUCAUUCCCAGGCUUCCUAUACCGCCAACUGACCUUCUGCCCCAAGCCCCUGCCCACAACCGUGAUUCUCCAGGGCCAAACUGCCAUCAUCACAGGCAGUAAUAUCGGGCUCGGCCUCGAAGCCGCCAAACAAUUAAUUGCACGAGGCCUGAGCCAUCUCAUCCUGGCCGUCCGCACCGUGUCCAAGGGCGAUGCCGCGAAGGAAGAGAUUCUUCGCGACAAUCCCUCGUCGGCCUGCACAGUCGAGGUCUGGGAGCUGGAUCAGGAGUCGUUUGACAGUGUAAGAGCCUUCGGGGAGCGCGCACAGGCUCUGCAGAGAUUGGAUAUUGUUAUUCUUUCAGCGGGUGUGAAGCUGUUGGAGUAUAAGAGGGCUCAGACGGGACAUGAGAUGAAUGUUCAGAUAAACCACCUCGGAACAGCCCUCCUCUCCCUUCUCCUCCUCACCCCCAUGCAAAAAACAGCCAGGACACAAGGAACCCCCUCCCGCCUCACAAUCGUCACAUCAGAAGUCCACUUCUGGUCCAAAUUCCCAGAAAAAGACGCUCCAAGCAUCCUAUCCCGCCUGGACGAUCCCGACUCGUUCGGAACCGGCAUGGACCGCUACAAUACUAGCAAACUACUCAAUAUACUAUGGCUGCGCGAACUAUCUCAACGAACAGGUCCGGAUGUUAUAAUCAACGGGGUCAAUCCGGGUCUUUGUGCAAGCAAGCUACAUCGCGCGGAUUCUACGCCGGGAAAGAGUCUAUUUAAUAGGCUCUUUGCGUGGACGCCGGCUCAGGGCGGCCAUUGCUUGGUUGAUGCGGCAGUGUUGCAUGCGGAUGAGAGGGGUGCUUAUGUUAGUGAGCAGGUGGUAAAGAGACCGUCUUCGUUCGUCUUGUCAGAGGAUGGUGAAAGGGCUCAGGUGAAGCUCUGGGAUGAGACUGUUGCCUUGCUGAAAGAGACUGUUUCUGGCGUGGAUUUGCUCGGGGGUGUUGUUGCAUGA